AUGAUAGAAAUUCGCGAUCUUAUAAAUCAAGCAUUGGAUGAGGAAAUGGGAAUGGAUCAUAAUGUAUAUAUAAUAGGAGAAGAAGUAGGCAUCUCUGGUGGUCCUCACGGUCUUACUAAAAAUUUGAUCAAAAAAUACGGCGAUCAAAGAGUGAAGGAUACCCCUAUUUCGGAAAUGGGAUUUACAGGUCUCGCUGUGGGUUCAAGCUAUUUAGGGUUAAGACCCGUAGUAGAUUUUAUGACUUGGAAUUUUGCUUUGCAAUCAAUUGACCAUAUUAUUAAUUCUUGUGCGAAAACCUUGUAUAUGUCAGGAGGAAGAAUACAAUGUCCAAUUGUUUUUAGGGGACCAAAUGGAUUCAAUAAUGGGUACGCUGCACAGCACACACAAGAUUUUGCACCAAUAUAUGGUUCUAUUCCAGGCCUUAAGGUGGUUUGUCCUUAUACGGGUAAAGAUCAUAAAGGACUUUUAAAAAGCGCUAUUAGAGACAAUAACCCGGUUAUAUUUCUUGAGAAUGAAAUAUUAUAUAAAGAUAAAUACCUUGAAGUGUCUAAUAAUUAUAUUCAACCACUUGACAAGGCAGUAAUUGAAAAAAAUGGUGUUGACGUUACAGUUUUAGGAAUAUCAAUAAGUCUUAAAGAAAUUUUUAAAGCAGACAGUUUGUUAGAGAAAAAAAAUAUCGACAUUGAGAUAAUUAAUCUUGUGUCAAUAAAACCAAUUGAUUAUGUUACUAUUGAAAUAUCAGUCAAAAAAACACAAAAGUUAGUGAUAGUUGAUUUUGCAUAUCCUACUUUCAAUAUUGCGAGUGAAAUAGCUGCGCACUUUUACGAAAAAUUUAAAGAUAUAAAAAUUAUGCGUGUUCUUGCGCAAGAUAUUCCUACACCGUAUGCACUUAAUCUUGAAAAAAUGUCUUAUCCGACAUGCAAUGAUAUUGUAAAUGCUGUUACAAAAAUAAAUUCAUAG